AUGCUGGAGAGUAGGACAACACUUAAGAAAGCAAAGAAGAUUCGGACAAAGGUUACAUUUCACCGUCCCAGGACAUUGAAAAAGGAGAGGACCCCUAAGUAUCCACGUAUCCGUGCAACACCUAGAAAUAAGUUGGACCACUAUCAAAUUCUGAAGUAUCCACUUACCACUACUGAGUCUGCAAUGAAAAAGAUUGAGGACAACAAUACCAUAGUAUUCAUUGUUGAUAUUCGUGCUGACAAGAAGAUAAUUAAAGAUGCAGUCAAGAUGUACGACAUUCAGACCAAGAAAGUGAAUACUUUGUUCAGGCCUGAUGGAACUAAGAAGGCUCAUGUCAGGCUGACUCCUGAUUAUGAUGCCUUGGAUGUUGCAAACAAGAUUGGGAUCAUAUGA